UAUCCGUAUUUAAAGGCGCCAACAAAGACUAACUCAGAAAGAAGCUUCACAAACCUGCCAUCUGUACUCACAUCAUCCAACAGCACACUACAGCGUAGUUAACGCAUUAAAAUGCCCGAGGAAACUGCAGCUGCCGAAAGUAUGGAAGAGAAACCUUGCUCGUCAAGCGCUGCAGACAGCUCCGUCGAUGUUUCUGAGGAAGCAAAGAAGCUGAUUGGCACAGGCAACCGGCACUUGGUGAUGGGUGAUGUUGUGUCUGCAGUCAGUGUGUUCCAGGAGGCUUGUGCCAUGCUAGCUGAAAGGUAUGGAGACACUGCUGAUGAAUGUGGUGAAGCUUUUUUCUUGUGUGGGAAAGCCCUUCUAGAGCUUGCCAGGAUGGAGAAUACAGUGCUUGGUAAUGCUUUAGAGGGAGUCCCAGAAGAAUCCUCUGAAGAGGGUGAGAAACAGAAUGACUCUAAGAUUGAAAGCGCAGACAACUUGGAUGAGAAAACCAGAGAUGAGCUUCGAGCACAGGUUUAUGAUGCCAUGUCAGAGGACAAAACUCAGUCUGAGGUAGAAAAAGAGGUGGGGGAAGGUGUGCAGAAGAACCAAGAGGAAGUUAAAGAGGAGAAGGUUGAAGCACCAAGGGAAGGGGAUGCAGCAUCACAAAAAACUGAGAAACCAGCUGAACACAAGGCAAAACCUGCUGAAAAUGAGAAGCAAGCUGAACAUGAGGCAAAACCUGCUCAAGAUGAGGAGAAACGAGCUGAACAUGAGGUGAAACCUGCUGAAAAUGAGAAACUAGCUGAACAUGAGGCAAAACCUGCUCAAGAUGAGGAGAAACGAGCUGAACAUGAGGUGAAACCUGCUGAAAAUGAGAAACUAGCUGAACAUGAGGCAAAACCUGCUCAAGAUGAGGAGAAACGAGCUGAACAUGAGGUGAAACCUGCUGAAAAUGAGAAACUAGCUGAACAUGAGGCAAAACCUGCUCAAGAUGAGGAGAAACGAGCUGAACAUGAGGUGAAACCUGCUGAAAACGAGAAACUAGCUGAACAUGAGGUGAAACCUGCUGAAAAUGAGGAACCUGCUGAAAAAGAUGCUGAGAAGUCAGAAGGUGUGGAUAAAAGUGCUUCUAUAAAGGAAGAUGUCACUGUGUCAAAUGGAGUAGCUGAAAAGGUUGAGGAAAAAAAUGGAAAUGAAGAGAAAGAACCCAUGGAAGAGGGUGGAGGAGAUGACGAUGAUGAAGAUGAGGAGGAUGAUGAGGAUGAGGAGGCAGAGGGUGAAACAAAGGAUAAGGAGAGUGAGGAGGAUGAAGUUGGAAACCUGCAGUUGGCCUGGGAGAUGCUUGAGGUUGCAAAGGUGAUUUAUAAAAGAAAAGACAGCAAAGAAGAUCAGCUAAUGGCGGCACAGAUUUACCUGAAACUUGGAGAAGUUGGAGCUGAAUCAGGUAACUACAGCCAGGCUCUGGACGACUUCAAUGAGUGUUUAACCUUGCAGCUGAAACACCUGCCCUCUCAUAGUCGUCUUCUGGCUGAGACCCAUUACCAGCUGGGCACUACUUACAGCUACACAGCCCAGUACAGCCAAGCCAUUGAGCACUUCUCCAACUCUAUCAAAGUCAUCGAGAGCCGUCUUGCUAUGCUUCAGGAGGUAAUCGACAAGGCGGAAGGUGCAGAGGCAGCAAAGGAGAAGAGCGAGCUUGAGGAGUUGAAACAGUUACUGCCAGAAAUCACUGAGAAGAUUGAAGAUGCCAAGGAGGGCCAGAGGACGGCUGCUGCAGCAUCUGAGGCCAUCCAUCAGACUCUUGUAGGAGCAUCCACUUCAUCUGCAUUCCCAGCUGAAAAUGGUGGCCCAUCCUCAACUACUGCUAGUCAGAUUCCUGAGAGGCCAGCUGAUGGUGCGUCUUCCUCAAAAUCUGCAUCGGACAUUUCUCACCUUGUUCGCAAAAAGAGGAAACCAGACGAGGAGAGUCCAAAAAAGGACAGUGAUGCUAAAAAGACUAAACAGGAGACCUCAGUUAAUGGCAGCGGUGACUCCGCCCACAACGGCAAUGGAGUCCAGGAGAAAAUGGAGCAGGAGCCAGCCAGUUCUUCCUCUGUGGAGAUGUCAGCAUGAUGGGCAUCUUUUGAUUAAACGCUUGCCUUCCAACCAGCAGAGCAUGCCUGCCUCAUCUACUCCCCAUGAACAACUUUUGUCUCUUUGUUUUGUAAAUAACCCAUUUUCUUUGUCUGUCCAAUUUUUGUAUAAUUGUAGUAAACUUUCAAUAAAGGAUAUUUGCAUAUGUGAAUGUGG